UCCAGGCAUUAUAAUCAGUUUCUAAGACAUUGAAUUAUAGAGAUUUAUUCCUGAAUCUAGAAGCUGACUAUCAUCUAACUUUAUUUUAUGAAUAAGGAAACUUGGACUUGUAGAGAGAAAGUUACCACCAAGGUCACACAACCAGUGAUAAUGACCUAAAUGGUGUUUACGGUGCUGGAUUUAACACAGUCUGUGUUAAACAUACCCAGGUACAUAUACAUAUACACAUACAUGCACACCCUUAUAUGUCAAAGGUUCAGAGAAUUUUAGAAUAUUGCUAGAGGAAGGGUAGGUGAUGAAGGUCAGACCAAGCUCUCAUGUUCCUUUCCAAGGCUGCUGUUUCUGCCACUCUGCCCCACCUAUGUCUUCUUGCCGAAUCUCCAGUCUGACAUAAGCUCCUACUUCUUAUCUGUUAAGUCACUUUCUUCCUAGAGUACUUUUCAUCUGUUAAUUUAUCACCACUAUAAUUUAUAAGCCCUCCCACGCCUGAAGAAUGAGGAGGUCAAGUGUAUCCAUCCUAGUUAUCCAAGCUGUAGCGUGGGACUGUCGUUCUAUUUUAUGUCACUAGGAAGAAAGCAGAAAGUGACUUUUUUGUUUGUUUACUAUCAGUGGCAUUAAUCUCCAAAGAAUUUUGCCUUGCAAACUUGGGAGGGAGGGAAAGACUGAGACUGUGUAUGCCUGAGUGUGAGAGUGUGUGUGUGUAUGUGCGAGAGAAUGUGUAUGUGUGUGAUUUAGUUGUUCAUGCUAUGUGACUAUUCUUUUCUCAUUUCAGUGCACGAAGGCAGCCCUCUGGGUGAACUCCAUCGUUGUAUCCGGGAGGGGGUGAAGGUGAACGUUCACAUCCGCACUUUUAAGGGACUUCGGGGUGUCUGUACAGGCUUCCUCGUUGCAUUUGACAAGUUCUGGAAUAUGGCACUUACUGACGUGGAUGAGACCUACCGAAAGCCUGUUCUAGGCAAAGCAUAUGAGCGGGAUUCUUCAUUGACUCUCACGAGGCUAUUUGAUCGACUAAAACUUCAAGAUUCCUCCAAGAAGGAGGCAGAUUCUAAGUCUGCAGUUGAAGACUCCACUCUGUCCAGAUACUCCCAGACAUCCACUUGGAAGGUAGCUUCAGUGUGGGGAAGAGGAGAUACUGACCGGGGUUCACGCAAACAUUCCCGCUCCGUCCCUUCUUCCCUGCAGGCAUCUACAAGGGAGGAGUCCAGGUCAGAGCUGUCAGGGAGGACUAUGCGGACAGAAGGGUCUAGUGUGGGAGGUACCUUUUCCAGAGCUACUACCCUUUCUAGGGGCCAGUCCCGUAAGAAAAAGAGAAAGCCCAAGGUAGAUUACCAGCAGGUAUUCACUAGACACAUAAACCAGAUUUUCAUCCGAGGUGAGAAUGUCCUACUGGUUCAUCUUGCACAGUGAACAGCUCAGCCUCACUUGAGCUUUGGUUUUUAGAAAUAAAGUGCAUGAAUUGCUGCUGUGCUAUAUCCUAGUAUCCCAGUGAAACCCUGAGUUGGAAUGAUUCCUUCUGGUACUGCAUGUGUUGAGAAGAGAGCCAGGCUUGGUUUCUCUGGGAGAUGAGCUCCCUCAAGGGGAGAAAAGCCUUGGGAGGGUGGGUGCUUGCAUUAAUAUCAAGGCAAUAAUAUCAAGCUGCACACACAUCUGAUUUGGUAUGCUGUACCUCAGACACUCAGACCAAAUAUAAGAUCUUCCAUUUGAAUCAGGGGUUGUAGUAUGAAUUAAAUUCACUCUAUGGACUCUAUAGUGUGGAGGAGAGAGACUCAUCUCAAAAAGAAUGAUCUCAUUUUAAAAGCUAGUGCCUGGGUACUCAUGAAUUUGAUUCUAAGAGUAGCAGUAUAAAUUUCCCUGGAGCCCUGUACCCACAUCUUGAAACGACUGUUGAAUUUUGCUCUACACCAUUCUCUCUUAAUCAAGAAAUGUAAUCUAUUAUCUUUGGAUAUAUAUAAGAUCUAAGAAAGUUACCAGCUUAUGUAAGGGUAAAAUUUGAAUAGUUGGUAUAUUCAAAGCAGCCGGCAGUGAAUGCCCUGUUUGUAUCCCUCUCCUUAUUAUGGGAAGGAAUAUGGGACCUCAGUGGUCUUCCCUUACCAGAAGUAACUUCUGUGAAUGGCAUACCAGAUGGGACUGUAAGAUGCUCCUGUGGUGGCUUAUUGUCCUUUUCUCUAACUUCUGUGGCAUGGUGCUAGUGCAUGUACCCUGUGUAAUUGCCCCUCUGUGACCUGUCCUGUGAGCUUUAUGGCAAGGGACUGUGACCUUCAUGUCUGGCUUCAAAGAGUGCUGCAUGAACUUAGUAAUAUACAUGCAUCAUACAGCUGAAAAUCCCCUUUCCAGGCAGGGCUGGCCCUGUGUAGAAUAUCUUUCAGAAUGGUUUUCAUGAGAUGGCAGCGGUAGUUUUAACUCCCUUGUAUCAGGCCAAAGAGGUUCUCACAAACUAUAGUGGGUAGUGUCUGUAAAGGACAGUUCAUUCACAGCCUGGCUUCAAUACCAUAGCACUCUCCAGUACUGCCUGAAUCAUGUUUUAUGCUUUUUCAGUCACCAGUGCAGAAUAGGCUGUAUCUUGACACAGACUGUUAGGCAACAUUGAUUUUUGUUUUGUUUAUAUUUGGUUUUAUUUUAGAUUACUCAUGUUCACAGUACAAAUAAGAAACAGCUAACUAGUUAAAAUGCUUGAAAAGAAGAUUUUCCCCUGCUGCAUUUGUUGUAUAACUUAGGUAAGCCUUCUGAGAAGCAGGGCAAAUAAAGGUUAUGGAGCUGGGGUGCCUGGUCCUUCUGCUGGCUGGGUCAUUGGCUCAUCAUAUAAUGAAAGGAGAGCAGACUUAACCCCUCUGUGCCUCAGAUUUUCCCCAUCAGACACCUACCUCACAGGAGCACUAAGACAAAAGAAAUUUAGGAAGGCAUUCUAAAGUCUCUGAACUUAUUUAAGUGCCAUGAGUAAUUUUUGCUAACUGCAUUUCAUAGUUUGGUUAGAAUUCUUAUGAGCAAGGCAGGUAAUCUCUGUAGGUGUCAUAAUUAUGAUCUUGCUGUGAUCAGAAGGCCGUAAUGUCUUCAGGAACUAUUUUCCAUAUUCCUUUCCUUUCUCCUUUGGGAUAGUGGAAGUUUCAGAAGAAUAUCUUCAGUAAAAGGAGAGUAACAUUUCUUUGCUGCUCCUCCUACAUCCUAGUCCCCACCCUUCUCUGAUCCUUAUCAGAAAGAAUGCCCCUAAACUUCUUAGUGAUUUAUAUGAUAAUACCAAAGGGAGAAUGAGCAUCUAAAAAUGACACAUCCCUAAAAGGGAAUUUGUAGAGAUUGUUUUGUUUUGUUUGUUUAUUUUUAUUUUAAAAUGCAUUUUAAAUACGUUUUUUAGAGUCAGAGCAGAUGCACUAAACAUUUAGAGAGGUUCCAGGUCACAAACUUGAACAGUCAUCUUUGGAAUCUUCCAGUCAAAUCUCUUCUAAAUAGUGUGUAUAAAAUCUCAGUUUCCCAAUUAAUAGUUGUCUUGUUUAAUUAUCAGGCAUCCCUGCCUCUACCUCUUUACCAAUCUCCCCUGUUUGGCUGUCCCAUCUUUCUGCCCUCUCAUUCCUCAGCUAAAAGCUGUAAUGGAUACUAGAUUUUUCCAGUAAAGUAGAAAAUUGGCAUCAAAAGGAAUAUAAUCAAUUUCUAUUUCAGCCUAGUGCCUGAUUAAAUCUAACCAAUGCUGGUUUUCAUGUUUGUAUAUAAUUUUUAUAUAUCCAUAUAAAGAUUGAUUUACUGUUUUUCUGCCCAGCUUAACAAUUCUGGCUCUGAAGAUUAUUUUAAAAUUGUGUGAUCCGUCUUAUGUGCCCAUUUAUUUGUUUGGUUUGGACAGUGAUCCUGGAAUGAAUGAACUAUCUAGUAUUGUGGUAUUUUCUACAAAGCAUAAUACUUUUUUAGAGAAGUCAGUUUUUAAAAGUCAUUGCCUUUUUUUUUAUUAUUGGAGAAAUUUUUCAUAAGUAAGAAAAAAAUAGGUCCUAACAAUGUAUAUACUGCUCAAAAAAUGUCAUCACCUAGGACAUUAUAGUAAGUUGCUAUGGAAACAACUGAAGCCUUCCUCAGGAGGAGAGAAAAGGGGGCAGUAACAGCUAGAAUGGUAGAGUCCUGGAGGCCUCCCACCAGCUCACCUGAAGGGGCUCUAAGCAGCUGCAGUGUAGCAAAAGUGGUUUCUAGUAUUCUCCAGAUAUUUGGAUUUGGGAAACUUGGUAAGAAUAGUACUUAUUUAUGAACAUCCAACUUUGGUUCUUCAAGGUAAUUUCUAAACAUGGGAAUGUGUUUUCUGGACAUUUCACAGGGCAUACCUGUGUAGUUGUUGAGGUCCUUUCAGCAGUUUCCAGCUUUGUUAGGUAAGAACAAGGGAUUGAGAAAUAGAAGAUAUGGUUUCACACCCAGAAUGAUUUCAUGUGCCAUUCUUUGUACAUAGAGGUGAUUCUGCUGCUCUGCCACGAGGAGAACUUGCACUUUAGGUUGUUUGUUCUAGUAUCUGGGAAGCGUUUAUGCUUCCUUUCAGAGACCAUCUUAUGACAGAGGUGGGCCAUUGUUGGUCAGAUGGUUAGCCAGAGUUAGCAGUGCCUAAUCAGUACCCUGCUCUCUGCAUAGUGCAUGUCAAAUCCAAAAUCCUAGAAUCCAUUAGUAUUAAAGUCUAGGUGCAUAGGAAUCCCUGCUAUGAGUUGUUAGUGGAUCAAGAGGGGGUUAUCUGUUUUCAUGGUGAAAUAGUCCAGAAGCACCUUUAGAGAUUGUCAGGUCACGAGCUAUGAGCUGCUCUUAAUCCUCAGAAGCCUUAUAGAAAGUAGGUGUACUGCUUCUAUCCCUUGAGAAGAAAUAGAAACCUAGCUUGAUGAAGAAUAGAUAUUUUUAUUCCUGUUUGCACUGUAGCAGCUGGAAUGGGUAAAAUCAUGAAAUAGAAUCGGUUCUGAAAAUUACAUCUUUAAAUUUUGUCUAAAUUUUAUUUUUAGGAAAAAAUUUAAAUUAAUCAAAGACAGCUAGCUGUCACUGGUGCUGCCCUAAAGUUUUUCAACCCUUUGUAUAUUUUUUUUGAAUGAAAUGAUUUCUUUGGGCAGGUCAAGGUUUAUGUAAGUGUAUCAUGGUAUAAAUAUAGUGGUUUGCAACUGUUUUAAUUUUUCUUUUCCUGUGCCAGAUACAGAAUGCAGUUGACCUCUUUUCACUAACUUCUCUUCAUGAGCCUGUGUUUUUCUGGGCAGUAAUUCCCAGAAGGCUUUUCUUAGUGAUUGUAAAGCAAGAAUAUUUUAUCUGGGCCUGUGUUGCAAAGGUGGGUGGUCUGUCAUUGUUUUCUGGCAAAUUGAGUGAUGGAUUUAAGAUAAGCCUUUGGGGUUCCUGUCACAGUUUCCUGGGCUCUGAGGAAGGGUUGGGCCUUCUGUAUUCCCAGUGUUUUGAGUAUUUUUCAAAUGUUUGUAAGUUCUCUUGCACUCCUCUAAUAAAAAUGAAAGCUCUCUGUCAAGAAAUGGCUUUGGAUGGUUCAGAGAUCUAGGGGGAAAAAUAAGUACACCUGAGACCUUCAGUUGGUCUUUUAUUUUUUUAGAAUGAAAAGUAGUUUGAUAAGCAACCAGACUUAGUGCUCCUUUAAAAACAUUCUCUGAAAAGAAGGGAACUCUCCCUCAGGAAAGCUAUAAAAGCUAUUCCCAAUACAUAGCAAAUGCUUUUGAUUUUUAGUCCUUUGAGCAAACAUCUGGUGUUAUGUCUGAUGUUAUGUUUUUAGAGCUGUGGGGGGAAAAUGUCUAAAAAAUUUUAAGGGAUAUUAUUUAAACAAUGAUUAUCUGACUGAAUUAUGUGUGAGCUAGGUUCUAGGGCAGCUGUCCAGCUCUUUUUCUGUUGUCCUGAAGGUAAAGCAGAUAGUAAGUGAUGUCUUGAAAAGUGAUUUACUUAUUUCAUACUGGUAUCUAAAGACAUUAGCCUUCUGGGCUACCCUGGGGAUACCCCUCUGCACCGUGACUUAUUAAUGUUUUUUUAGACAAGGCUAAACCUGGAUGACUCUAUGAAUUUGUAGUUUUUCUAUUCAUAUACCAGAUGCUAAAAGAAAAACCAUGACUUGUAACCUUGUCUCAAAAUUACUCCUAAUUGUUAAAUUCACCUAACCUCUUUCUGUUUAGGGAGAAUUGCUGCUAGUAACGUCAGUUUGCAAUGUUCUGCUUUAGAUAUGUGUCAUAUGGGAGUCUGGAAACUGUAAUAAAUAUGAUUGUAUUAAUGUA